GGCUCCCGCACUGCUUGGGCUGAGAAGGAACUUCCGGGACUGCACACGCGGCCGGGGGGGCGGGGCUCCAGGCCAAGCUCCACCUACGUCGAGCUGCGUGACAAUGGGGCGGGCGGCGGAACACGACUGCGGCGGCCGGGGGCCUCGGCGGGGGGGCGGAGCCGCUGCCGCUGCCGCCGCAACCCCGGUCGGGAUUUGAAAGAUUAAAAACUCCUGGUGGAGAGGGCGGCGGCGUUGAAUGUGUGGCGGAAGCGCUGGGGGCCACGGCUCGGCGCCGGGCCGGGCAGCCGGCGGCAUCUCCACAGCAUGAAUUACCCGGCCCACGGGCCUCCGCGAAACCCCGAGCAUAACGGCCGGGGCGGCGGCGGCGCCGCCGCCGCUUGGGAGCUGGGCUCGGAUGCGGGGCCGGCGUUCGGCGGCAGCGUCUGCUGCUUCGACCACCUGCCCGCCGGGGACCCGGGCGACGACGAGGUGCCCCUGGCCCUGCUGCGCGGGGAGGCCGGUCUGCAUUUGGCGUCGGGAGCGGAGGACCACAACCACCACCUGGCGCUGGACCCCUGCCUCAGUGACGAGAACUAUGACUUCAGCUCGGCCGAGUCGGGCUCCUCGCUACGCUACUACAGCGAGGGCGAGAGUGGUGGCGGCGGCAGCUCCUCGUCGUUGCACCCGCCACAGCAGCAGCCGCUGGUCCCGACGAACUCGGGGGGCGGCGGGGUGGCCGGAGGGGGGCCCGGGGAGAGGAAGCGCACCCGGCUUGGCGGCGCGGCCGCCCGGCACCGCUACGAGGUGGUGACGGAGCUGGGCCCGGAGGAGGUGCGCUGGUUCUACAAGGAGGACAAGAAGACCUGGAAGCCCUUCAUCGGCUACGACUCGCUCCGCAUCGAGCUCGCCUUCCGAACCCUGCUGCAGGCCACCGGAGCCCGGGCCCGGGCGCAGGACCCGGACGACGACCAUGUGGGCGGCCCGGCCUCCCCCGCGGGGCCGGCCUCCAGCUCCGUGGAGGACGACGCCGAGGACCGCGUCUGCGGCUUCUGCCCGCGCAUUGCGGGGCACGGGCGCGAGAUGGAGGAGCUGGUGAACAUCGAGCGGGUGUGUGUGCGGGGCGGCCUCUACGAGGUGGAUGUGACCCAAGGAGAAUGCUACCCGGUGUAUUGGAACCAGUCCGAUAAAAUACCAGUAAUGCGUGGACAGUGGUUUAUUGAUGGUACUUGGCAGCCGCUAGAAGAAGAAGAAAGUAAUUUAAUUGAGCAAGAACAUCUUAGCCGUUUUAGAGGUCAGCAGAUGCAGGAAAGUUUUGAUAUUGAAGUGUCAAAACCCAUAGAUGGAAAAGAUGGCAGUGGGAUCAACUAUUCCGUUGUCUACCACCUCCCUCCCUUCUCCCUCCCUUCUCUGUUCAAAUGGAGAGGAUAUAAGGAGAGUACAGAUGCGGCAGGUCUUAAACGAAAGCGUUCCCAAGCUAUUCAUAGUUUCAAGUUGAGUCGAAACCACGUGGACUGGCACAGUGUGGAUGAAGUGUAUCUUUACAGUGAUGCAACAACGUCUAAAAUUGCGAGAACAGUUACUCAAAAGCUGGGAUUUUCUAAAGCGUCAAGUAGUGGGACCAGACUUCAUAGAGGUUAUGUAGAAGAAGCCACAUUAGAAGACAAGCCAUCACAGACUGCCCAUAUUGUAUUUGUUGUGCAUGGCAUUGGGCAGAAAAUGGACCAAGGAAGAAUUAUCAAAAAUACAGCCAUGAUGAGAGAGGCUGCAAGAAAAAUAGAAGAAAGGCAUUUUUCCAACCAUGCAACACAUGUUGAAUUUCUGCCUGUUGAGUGGCGGUCAAAACUUACUCUGGAUGGAGACACUGUUGAUUCCAUUACUCCAGACAAAGUGCGAGGUUUAAGGGAUAUGUUAAAUAGCAGUGCAAUGGACAUAAUGUAUUAUACUAGCCCACUUUAUAGAGAUGAACUAGUUAAAGGCCUUCAGCAAGAGCUGAAUCGAUUAUAUUCCCUUUUCUGUUCUCGGAAUCCAGACUUUGAAGAAAAAGGGGGUAAAGUCUCAAUAGUGUCACAUUCCUUGGGAUGUGUAAUCACUUAUGACAUAAUGACUGGCUGGAAUCCAGUUCGACUCUAUGAACAGUUGCUGCAGAAGGAAGAAGAGUUGCCUGAUGAACAAUGGAUGAGCUAUGAAGAACGUCAUCUUCUUGAUGAGCUCUAUAUAACUAAACAACGGCUGAGAGACAUAGAAGAACGGCUACACGGAUUGAAGGCAUCAUCUAUGAUACAAACACCUGCCUUAAAAUUUAAGGUUGAAAAUUUCUUCUGUAUGGGAUCCCCGCUGGCAGUUUUUUUGGCAUUGCGUGGCAUCCGCCCAGGAAACACUGGAAGUCAAGACCAUAUUUUGCCCAGAGAGAUUUGUAACCGAUUACUAAACAUUUUUCAUCCAACAGAUCCAGUGGCUUAUAGAUUAGAACCGUUAAUACUGAAACACUACAGCAACAUUUCACCUGUCCAGAUCCACUGGUAUAAUACUUCCAAUCCUCUACCUUAUGAGUAUAUGAAGCCAAGCUUUCUUCACCCAGCAAAAGAACCUACCUCAAUUUCAGACAGUGAAGGCAUUUCAACAAUACCAAGCCCUGUGACUUCACCAGUCUUGUCCCGCCGACACUAUGGGGAAUCUAUAACAAAUAUAGGCAAAGCAAGCAUAUUAGGGGCUGCGAGCAUUGGAAAGGGACUUGGAGGAAUGUUGUUCUCAAGGUUCGGACGUUCAUCUGCAUCACAGCCAUCUGAGGCAUCAAGGGACUCUGUGGAAGACGAGAAGAAGCCGGUUGCCUCACCUCCCACGUCCACUGUGGCAACGCAGACCCUUGCACAUAGCAGUUCUGGCUUUCUUGACUCUGCAUAUUUCAGACUUCAAGAAUCGUUCUUUAAUCUCCCACAACUUCUUUUUCCGGAAAAUGUAAUGCAGAAUAAAGAUAAUACCCUCGUGGAAUUGGAUCACAGAAUUGAUUUUGAACUCAGAGAAGGCCUUGUGGAGAGCCGCUAUUGGUCAGCUGUCACAUCGCAUACUGCCUAUUGGUCGUCCUUGGAUGUUGCCCUCUUUCUUUUAACCUUCAUGUACAAACAUGAGCACGAUAAUAGUGCAAAACCCAACUUUGAUCCAGUCUGAACUGUUGAAGGACAUUAAUGGCCCAAAACUGAUUCUUUUCUGUUAAAAUAUAUGUGUCAACAUGUGGAAGUUUCAGGUUUAAGUAUGUUUCACUUUUGUUUAGGGUAAGAAAUAAUUGAAUUUAGAAGCACUUUAUUUUACUUUAAAAAACAAAACAAAUGUCCAGUCCGAAAGAAGUUAUUUAUAGUUUUCAUCAUUUUAAGUAUGAGUCUGACAGAACCCCCUGCAGAGAAUCAAGCAAGACCUGGAAGUAAGGAGGACUUGGGUGGACUGCAAGGUUAUAGAUCACAAUCUAAUUUCUCCCAAAUAUAAAGGCAUAUUAAUGGGUUGAAUCUAAUGUAUUAACCAAAAUAUGUUAUAAAUCUAAAAUGAUCAAGGUCCAGGGUAUUCUACGUAAAGAUCACAAGGUGGUAUCAUUGUUUUCGAUCUCCAUGAAAACUUCCAUUUCCACAAUUUCUUUGAAACAUGAGUAACAGAUUUUAAAUGUUUUGAAUUUAACUUUAGAAAAACUAAUGCUAAAAUAGAGACAACAUUUGAACUAUUGUAUUUAUAGUUUAUUACCUCUGACUAAUUGUUUUAUGUCAAUGUAUGAAACAUUACAUUUUUUUAAAUGUUUCCUUUGAACAAUUUAAGAACCACAUUUAUUUUCUAUAGCAUUAAGGCCCUUUUUUCUCAGAACUCCAUCUUUGUACUCUUCAGAUGAAUAUAUAGACACUGUGGCAUACUUCCAGCAUUGUUUUCAUUAAAAAGUUGUAGUUUUACACGAAUAACACUAGUUCAAUUAUUUUGAAAAAAAAUGAACUUUUUAUUAUGUCACAUGUACCUCAGAGAAAGCUAAAGUUUUCUAAACUUGACAUGGAAUACUCCAUAAUGGGUACAUUUAAUAAACUUUACUGGAAAAUUAGUAAACUUCUUUGGAGUAGGGAGUAUGACAACUAAAUUUUAAGUAUAUAAGCAUCUGUGUGCCAAACAAUUAACAUAUAAAAAGGGGAUGGAGUGCCACUAACAAAUUUUAUUUUUAAAGUGUUUAAGGAAUCAUAAUUGAGACAUAGACACAAUGGUUCAGGAUUCUGAGGCGUUGAAAGAGUUUCCUCAGCUGUAAUUUUUUCCACAGUGCUUUUCAUCUGAGGAGCUCAAAGUGCUUUGCGAUUUAAUAAUCUAUGUAGUAGCUUCUUGAGGUAAGUAAAUGAGUGUUAUUCUCAUGUUACAUGUUAGUACACUAAGGCACCAAAACAUUUAAAGUGCCUUGAAUUAGAUUACAGAGCAAAUCAGAGCUCAGACUGAAGACAGACCAUAUUCUUUUAUGUGCUGUUCAUUGACUGAUAAUUCACAUGUGACCUCUUGUUUUGCAAACAGUAAUAAUAACAGAAGUUGCAAUUCAUAAUUUGGAGAAAUGACUGUGAAGCCAGUACUUUACCCUACUCGUCAUAUACAUUCUUGGGUUCUCACACUCAAAGGAGGAGUUACUUAGAGGGGAUCAGUAGCCAUCUCUGCCACAACCAACCCAUGCUUCUGAGAGGCUUCCGCUGGGUUCCACUUAAGGUGCUGUCUUUGCUUAUCUUAGCUCCCCAGGAAUCGUCAAACUGGGAGCAAAGUUGGUCGGUCGUACAUCUCACCUUCUCCUUUCUUUUUAAGGUGAUAGAAUCUUUGGAUUACUUGUAGGUUUUACUCAGCACUGUCAGUCCUCUAUCUGUUUUGUUGGCCUUUCAUUGAAUUUGCACAACAUAAAGCACUUCUUUUUAGUGCUUAAAAAGAUCCCAAGGCUCCAUGCCCAAAUACGUGACUCACUAAGAAACUCUUGCUAUAAAAGGCUUUUGAUGCAAUCUUAGCAAAGCUGAAGCAAUGUCUUUCGAAUUUAGAGAUUCCUGUGAACUCAGGUCAUUCUCAUACCCUGUUUAUUUCGUAGGUCUAUUUAGUUCUCAGGAGAAUUAAACUCAUAUCCCAUAUGACUUUAUCAUUAAAGGUAUGUGAGCAUUUGGGUGGUAUGACACUCAAAUGCCUAAGAGCUUGAAGGGAUUCAUUCUCUCUUUUUUUUUUUUCUUGCCUGCUCUGGGUCUUCGUGCGGCUUGCAGCUUCUCUAGUUGCAGACUUAGUUGCGGUAUGUGGGAUCUUAGUUCCCCGACCAGGGAUUGGACCUGGACAUCCUGCAUUGGAAGCGUGGAGUCUCAACCACUGGACCACCAGGGAAGUCCCAAGGGAUUCAUUCUUAACCAUUAGAAUGUGAAGAGCCCCUUUUACCUGAGAAGAGUGAAAACCUAGCAAACCUUUUCAUUUGAUAUAGAGUAAAAAGAAAAGUAUAUUCCCAUAGCUAUAGGAAUAUAUCUGCUUCCCUUUUUUCAUAUUGAGGAAAAAAAUGCUAUUUAACCACAUGGAAGUUAUUUGAGUUCUUGAAAACAGCAACAUUCAAAACCCCCUUUUCAAAAUGAGAUAUUCUGGAUUAUUGGAUAGGGGUUUUGUUUUCAAUUCAUUAUUUCAUCAAUAGAGAUGGCGAUUUUGAUUUCACAGUACUCUUCUUGUUUCCAUGUCUCUGCAUGUUAUCAUGGAAUGUACUUGUAUGUACUCAAGUAAUAUACAGAGUAUGUGUAAUUCUAGCUUGAUUUAGAAGCUAAGUCAGUUACUGAGUAAUAUUUUGCAACUUUAUUCCAGCAAGUACUAAAUUUUUGAUACCAUUAAAAUUUUAUUCUCUAUUUUGUGUACCUGCUAUGAUGAUUCUUCUGAGCACUGGUCAGAUUGUUCAAACAAUUUUAAUCCAGUUAGGUCCCCAAGAAUUAUUUAAACUUAGAAUAAGGAGAAUGUUUUGUUAGUUCAUAACUUUAUUUUCAACAGUAAUUAUGCUUGUGUUAUAAUCCAGUGUUACAGUAUAUUAGAACAUAUUACAAAAUGUACUCAGUUUCUCAUAGCAAGCCUUGGGAAUCUUAUGUUUGACUUCUAUUAAAUAGCA